UCGGAGCCUCGAUGGUCAGUUUGCAUUAGUCGGCCCGUAGCUCCAUUUACCAAACCAUCUGCAGUAUGCAUGUUGACCGCAAUCAUGUAUUUUGCAGAGGUUUUCAGUUGUAAACUGUAGCGCACAUUCCUUGUGUCUGCGAUAUUUUAAAAUUCUUAAUGGCAUUCAAUAUAACCGUUUUACUUCGCUCCGAAACAGAGUUCGCCUUCACACCGUCUUUCGCUGUAGAGACAAACUCUUCUGUGGCGAUUUCAGCCAAUCUUGCAGUAUAAUAUACAGCCCGAUUCUGAUUCUUCCCCGGGGAUUUUCUAUUUUUUUUCUUUCCUCCUAUCAUGAAAAAAAAUUUCCCAGAGGAUUUUUUUCUUCUCCCUUUCCUCCUAUUCUAAACGAACUUCGAAAAAGGGAAAAUGUAUUUCGGGAAAAAGUAGCUAUCACGCAUGCAAAUCAAAGGAAGAAUGUGAUGACAGUUUUAAAUAAAUUUUCCGCCAGAAAAGUGUGAGGGAGCAGUACCCAAGAAUGUCAAAAACUACAAACAGGAACCAAUUAGAGAUACUCAUAAACCUUAUGCAAGGUAAUCCUGGCAUUGCGCGUGGGUUUUAUACGGGCAGCAAGGAUGACUUAAACAGAUUUUGGCGCAAAGCUGAAGCUGAACUGAAUUCGGCUGGCCCACCAUCUAAAAAUGUUGCAGAGUGGAAAAAGGUUUGGGCAGAUCAGAAAAAAUACGUCCGGCAGAAUGCAGCCAACAACAACAGGCAAAGAAAAGGCACAGGUGGUGGUCCUAAUAUUGGGUACAAAUUCUCUGCCACCGAGAGUGCGAUAUUUGAAUUGAUUGGAAUGAAAGAAUCGUUGAUAGGUGUAGCAAAGCUCUUUGGAUUGGACGUGGUUGAGACAGACGAAACAGAAGAACCACUACCUCAACGAGAAGAAACACUAUCUCAACGAGAAGAAACACUACCGCAACGACAGGAAACAAUAACUACACGAAAUGAAGCAUUUGAAGAAAUAGAGGAGGAAAUUGAAAUAUGUGGUAUUGGCGAAAACGAGCAUAGUUCAGUGAAAUUUUGUAAGCCUACACCUGUGCGAAAGGAGGUGCCAAAGCAAAAAGUCUUCUGAGCUAGAAGAAAUUAAACGCCAUAAUGUAACUAUGGAAAAGCUUAGACUCAGGGAAAUCGAGGCAAAACUAGAGGAAAAGCUAUUGCUGUGGGAGACAGAGGAAUUAAAGGUACAAUCCAAAUAUGCAACUAAAUAACAAUGUUAAUCUUUUAAUAGUUUUGGUAGUCUUUUAAGAGUUUUGAUGCAAUGAAACGUGAUUUUAUUAUAGAAGGUUGAUUUUUUUUUUGUUUCGAGAAUACG